GCAGAAGAAACAGAAAGCAAAAGGAGAUUUAGACAACAAGUAAUUGUAAUUCUCUUCCCUUUGGAAAUUGGAACCAAAAACCAAAAUCCUUUUCUUCGAAAACCCAAAAUAGCUCUUCUGAGAAUACGAAGCUCUUCCAUUUCGCCGUCCCUCGUCCUUGUUCUUCCCUUCAAACAUCCUCCAUCACAGCACGUGUUUCUUCUCGAAUCAAGAACAAAAGGGUCUCUCUCUUUCUCUCUGUAUUGCCCUUUUUCGCAGAGAAAUCUGUUUGUUUAAGUCGUGGGACUUCCCAAUUUUUGAUCGAUGUGAUGUAGAUUAGUGGAAAUUGGGGGGGGUACCAAAUGCACCCAUAUAAUCGGCUGCCGAGCAGUGGCCACUCUACCCCGUCACCGCCGCCGUCGCCUCUCCGCUCCCCUCGGCUGCGGCACUCUCGGUCCAAGGGCGGCCGGUUCACUCCAGUUCAGCAACCGGGGCGGACCUUUCCCCAGCGCCUCGCUUGGCUCAUCCUCUCCGUUCUACUCCGUCGCCAAGGGAUCUUCCUUUUCGCCCCUCUUAUCUACAUCUCCGGUAUGCUUCUUUAUAUGGGCACUGUCUCCUUCGAUGUCGUUCCAGUCAUCAAGCACCGCCCUGCUCCUGGCUCUGUUUAUCGAAGUCCCCAACUCCUUGCCAAGCUUCGUCCCGAGAUGGAUGCUGACAACUCUUCCGCUGAUGCGAUAUCAACAAUAUGGAAACACUCCUAUAAAGGUGGUCAGUGGAGACCAUGCAUCAGCAAUUCUUCAGGAGGCCUACCUGAGUCAAAUGGAUAUAUUUAUGUUGAGGCAAAUGGUGGUCUAAAUCAGCAGAGAACAUCAAUUUGCAAUGCAGUUGCUGUGGCUGGCUAUCUUAAUGCAACACUUGUAAUCCCCAAUUUUCAUUUUCACAGCAUUUGGAGAGAUCCCAGCAAAUUCAGCGAAAUAUAUGAUGAGGAAUAUUUUAUCAAGACCUUAGAGAACGAUGUACGCAUUGUAAACAAGAUUCCGGAAUACAUAAUGGAACGCUUUGACCACAACAUGACUAAUGUCUACAACUUCAGAAUAAAGGCAUGGUCGUCCAUUCAAUAUUAUAGGGAUACGGUGCUCCCAAGAUUACUUGAAGAACUGGUUAUAAGAAUUUCACCUUUUGCAAAUCGAUUGUCAUUUGAUGCUCCUCCUAUUGUUCAACGACUUCGAUGCUUAGCAAAUUAUAAAGCGCUGAGGUUCUCUACCCCCAUAUUAACGUUGGGGGAGAUUUUGGUCGCUAGGAUGAGAGAACGCAGUGCCAGCAAUGGCGGCAAGUAUAUUUCUGUUCAUCUUCGCUUUGAGGAGGAUAUGGUUGCAUUCUCGUGUUGUAUUUUUGAUGGUGGUCAUAAAGAGUUGGAAGACAUGAAAGCAGCCAGAGAAAAAGGAUGGAAAGGGAAAUUCACAAAACCUGGCAGGGUUAUACGUCCUGGUGCCAUAAGGACCAACGGGAAAUGUCCAAUGACUCCUUUAGAGGUGGGUUUGAUGCUUAGGGGAAUGGGCUUUGACAGAAGCACAUUUAUUUACUUGGCAUCUGGAAAGAUAUACGAUGCUGAGAGAAAUAUGGCCCCGCUUUUGGAGAUGUUUCCAAAUCUACUUACAAAGGAUAUGCUGGCAUCGCCUGAAGAACUUUCUCCAUUCAAGAAUUUUUCUUCCAGGAUGGCUGCUAUAGACUAUACUGUUUGUCUCCACAGUGAGGUGUUUGUGACAACACAGGGUGGCAACUUCCCUCAUUUUUUGAUGGGCCAUAGAAGAUACUUGUACAACGGACACUCGAAAACAAUCAGGCCGGACAAGCGGAAGUUAGCAUUACUUUUUGACAACCCUAACAUUGGAUGGAAGAGUUUCAAAAGACAAAUGUUGAACAUGCGGAGUCAUAGCGAUUCCAAGGGAUUUGAGCUCAAAAGACCGAACGACUCGAUAUACACCUUCCCUUGUCCAGAUUGCAUGUGUCAUACCAACAAAUCAAACGAUACAAGAUCGUGACAAGCCCCUUGAUUUUCGAAGCGGGAGACUUGAUGAUGUCUAAUACCCUUGGAAAUGUAAUGUUGUCAAACACAGAAAGCUGCUAACCCUCCUUUUUCUUUUGUAAUUCUUUCAUUUUUUCCCCUUUCGACACACGGCCGAGAGGGCACACAUUGAUUCGGGAUCUUCAAGAAUUUGUAGUAGGGGGUCACAUUGAUCUGGUUCUUUCUGAAAAUAGGUUCUGUGGGGGGAGUUGCAUCUUUUUUGGUAUUCGAUGCCACAAAGAUUGAUUCGGGACGACCACAGUUCUAUGUCGGUUGAGAGGUUUUAGGGUUUUGGCUGAAGCAUUGUUUUUGUUCUACAUUUGAAUUGCAGCUGCUGUAUCUAACAAGCUGCAGAAGACACUUUUCUCUUCUGUUCACAACAAUAGUUUUGGUUUUCUUUGUUUUCCAAAAUUGUGGUAGGUUUUUAGGUAGAAGAGUGCAAAUGAAUACUGUAGAAGUGUGUGUAUUUUUGUUAGAUAUCAAUCAUAUUCUUUUUUUCUUUUA